GGCGGGUCUUCAGCCUCAAAGCGAGGAACCGAGCGCUCCCUCCGUCAGUCACCCCCCGUGUCUCGCGGAGCAGACGUUAAACACACCUUCACUUUAAUAGAAUCUCCCAGGGUUUGUUUGUGCGAGGUUUCCUGGUGUUGAAGUGCAAUCCUGACGGUGGCUGGGUCGCUUCAGGAGGAGUUUACCUGCAGAGAUUUCAGAUGCAGCGUAAACAGGAAGCCCAUGGACGUGAGGAGGAGGAUCAAUGAUGCUGCCAGCUGUCACUCAACCAGCAACCAACAGUCACGUGAGGCAGCUGAGCAGAUCUCACCUCAACGCUCCUGAGGAGGACGAUGAGACGAUGAGCUCCGAGGAGCGAGACGCCGCCCCCUAUAUGGACCCACACCCUCACCCCGACUCCCCCCAUCUCGACGCAAACCCUCACCCCAUCUCCCCCGAUGCCUCCCUGUGCAGCACCCAGAGGCAGGACCUGAAACACAGCCUCCCCCCCGCCAGCUCCUGCUGCUACCAGCCCCCCCACAGCCUCCCCCCCGGAUACAGCCUCAGCCAGCCCACGCCCUUCCCCAGCCAGACGCCCCCCCCCUGCCGCCUGGGUGCACCCCAGCUUCUCCAGUGGCUGGUCGGGGGGGUACACCAGUAGCCCUUCCCCCGCAGAGAGCUUCCUGUCGGGGUACAAGUUUGUGUCCCUGCCUGGGUCAGGCAGCAGUAGCCUGGAGCAGCCGCUGUCUCUGUGCUCCAACCCCCCCUCCGGGAACCUGUUCUACCACACCCUGUCCCCGUACUCCUGCGCUCCACAGGGGGUCGCCUGCUGCGCCCAGAGUCCCCCAGAUGUCUUCAGGGGCCCCAAACCCUGGCUCCCCCACCACCCUGCAUACAAUCCCUACUAUCCCGGCGCCGGCCGACUCCCUGGAGCUGGGUUCUCACAGAUAGGCCACAUGGCCCCGGCUAAAGAGAAGCAGCCUCACAGCAUGCCGCUCUCUCUGGAGCAGAGGAGGGUUUUCGUCACGUAUGAAGCAGACAACGAUAAGCAUGUGAACGAGAUCAUCAACUUCGUGGCUCUGCUGCGACACAACGGCUUCGACACACACAUCGAUAUCUUUGAGCAGCAGUUCAGGAGCAUCAGUAAGAUCGACUUCAUGGAGCGCUACCUCAGUGAGAAAGAGUACCUGAUCAUCAUCAUCAUCAGUCCCAAAUACUACGAGACGGUGACGUCCUCAAUGGGGGGGCUGGAGAACGACGAGAGGACCUUCAACACCGUCUACAUCCACAAACAGCUCCAGAAUGAGUUCAUCCAGAACGGCAGCAAGAACUUCAGGUUUAUUCCCAUUGUGUUCCCCGGGGCUAAGAAGUGUCACGUCCCGAACUGGCUGCAGAACACACAUGUUUACGAGUGGCCGCUGCACCGCGACGACAUCCUGCGGCGCCUGAUGAGGAUCGAGAAGUACAACCCUCCUCAGAUCGGAGAGCUGCCCACCAUCGUCUCCAUCCCUAUCUGACCCGGAGACUCAAAGACUCUCUGCUCUCCGGAGAGACUCGAGCAGGAGGUUUUGAUUUUAGUGUAAAUCCGCUGACCUCUCACCUGGAUGUGACGUAAGAGUGCCUGUCAGUCCACAUCAGUCACAGAGGAGAUCCAGCGCUGAGGAGAGCAGAGCUGCAGCGACAGGGGAACACUCCCUGGACCUUUGACUCGUGCAUUUCAGACUUUUAUCCACAUUUUCUUCUUUUUCACGUUUUUUAUUUUUAAGGGUCUCUUUUUUAUGCAAAAUCCACUUUUCCAUGUGUUUUAUCCAUAAACAUGUGUCCCCUCUGAGUUCAGAGAUUCUAAAAGGCUUAGGGACAAAGACCCCCCCAAUCUUUUUCUGCUGAUCCAUCUCUUUAAAAACCUAUCUAAAAAUCAGCUUAUCAGAUUUGGUUACUUUGUGAUGUCACUAUGUUUUUUUGGGUUGUGCAACCAUUAGCCAAUAACCAACCAAGGUAAUCCCCCCCUCCCCCCCCCUUAUCACAUGGAUCUCCUCCUAAAGCACCUUUGUGUUUUUUUAAACCAAUCAGCUCUCAGAGGGGCGUGGCCAGCAGCAGCUCAUUAGCAUUUAAAGCUACAGUCACAGAAUCAGCUCUUCAGGAGCAGGGCUGAAACAGAGGGGGUUAUGGGAUCUGUUUGGGGUUUCAGCCAAUCAGAGACAGGAUAUAUCUGAGACCUGGAAUAUAGUGCUGCUGAGGAGGAUAAUAGAGCGCCACAGGGAUGACUUAUUUUUGUAGGUCACUGCUGAUGUGUUUAAUGUCGCAGAACAAAACGUGAUCCGUCUCUGAAACUUGUGUCAGCGUCAGACCUUAUUUCGAACUAUUUUCCAAAAUCCUACGGAGAAAUCCCUCUGACUCUGAGACGAGGGAACCGGAAGUUGUAAAAUGCUCUCUCACUUCCGGGUUUUAGGACGUGUUCCUGCGGCUCUCUAUAGGGGAGCUUUCACUGCUCGUCUAAUCAGAAGUCGUAAUGUUUGAAGCAGAAAUGUCGUUACACUUUUCCAGCCUCUAUUUUUCACUGUUUUAUAUUAAAGUGCAUAUCUUUGGAUAUUGACAUAAAUCAACAUUACCUCUCAAACGCAAAAUAAACUUCUCCACAUAUUUCACUGAAACGUACAUUCACCGAUCCAAACUGUUUCAAUAGUUGAUCAAUGAAUACGUCUGUCUCCAGCCUCUCAGCUCUGCAUGUUUUUGGAUUGUCUCUGUGUUAUAUUAAAGUGAAUAUCGUGGACAUUUAAAAUGAUCUGAUAUUUUAUUCACCAAACCAUAAUUUAAGAUAAUGAUAAAUGCAGAAAAUAAACUCCACAUUCUUUUCAGACACGUUUCUGGACUGACAUCUUUGGAGGUUUUUCUACGAUGAGCCGACUUAUCACAUAAUGAAACAGUUUUGAAAGAUGUGUGAGACUCUGGGACGGAUAUUGUGUUUCCGUUUUAUAAUGAAAUCAUUCUUAGUUUUUAACAGACCUGUUUUUAUCUACUGGUGCUACUCACAGUUUAGUAUCUUUACUUCCAUCCUGAAGUUUACUUCUUUAAAAGCACAUUUUAUGGCGCAUGAUUUAUAGCAUCUGAACACUUUGAGUGUGAAUGCAGGUUUAUAAUAAUGUGAAAUAGAGGACAGAUCUGAUGAAUGUAUAUCUGCAGAAUGAGGCGCGAACAGAGCCUUUCUUAUUGCAAACAUCCAGAGUUACUGUUGCAUUUUAAAAGAAUAAAAAUCCUGAAAAAGAAUCAACAUA